UAUCGACUAUAUCCCGAAGGGUGUUGGUCAACUAUUCAUAGGGUCAUGGAAUAUUCCUAAUAUUUCCGGAUACUUCUAUAUACUUCAAUCGUGCCGCCGGUAUCUGUCGACUGCGGCAUUAGUUCAAAUACCUUUUUAUAUUUUGGUAUUGAUUAAAACAAGUUAAUAGUAGGACAAGAAAGCAUUCUUGAAAAGUAAAAUAGAGAAUUGCAAUGGAUAAAAUAUAAAAAAUAACAAACACAAUAAUUUAGUUAUUUUUAAUGGCCAUUUCUUGCAAAUUCACGUUUUCUUAUAGUUGACAAUUUAUUAAAUGUAAUAUCGCAAGUGAUAAGAACUUUAAUGCAUAAGCAGGAUUCAGAGUUUUUCGAGUAUUUCUUCGUUGUAGUUGGUUAUCCUGGUAUUUUUAAAAUAACACCUUAUGCAUUAUGGAAAGGGAUAGCAAUUGAAAUUUUAAACUUUAUUGGAGUUUUUUCCUGGACAUACGUGGAUGUUUUUAUAAUGGGUGUUAGUAUAGCGUUGUCUUCAAAAUUUAAAGAAAUGACUUUUAGAAUAGAACAGUACGUUCGAAAAGAUGUAUAUGACAUUUAUCUUUGGAAAAUUGUACGCGAAGAUUACUGCCAAAUGUGUCUUCUAACAAAAUUGAUGGACUCAAAAUUAUCGUAUUUAAUAUUGCUGUCGUCUGCUAAUAAUUUAUACUUUAUACUUUCUCAAUGUUUUCAAAGUUUAAGGAAUGCCAACGAUAGUGGUUUGAAGUUGUAUUUUAUAUAUUCAUUUUCAUUCGUUAUAAUAAGAACGGUAUGCGUUUAUUUGAUUGCAGCUUCGGUGAAUAUAGAAAGUUUGAAACCAUUAAAGGCAUUAUAUACUGUACAAUCUCAUAUGUACAAUUUAGAAGUAAAAAGAUUGAUACGUUUCAUCGCCUUGGAUUCUGUAUGUAUUACAGGCAAAAAUUUCUUCAAUAUAAAACGGCAUAUCUUAUUAGAUCUUGCUAGCGCUCUGGUAACUUAUGAGCUUGUUAUUGUUCAAUUUACCAAAGAAGAAUAUUUUUGAAAAAUGUUUGUACUUAUAAGUAUCAAACUUCCAUGUAUGAUAAAAUGUAUGAAUAAUUUAAUAAAUUCUUCGUAUUCCCGAA